UGUAUGUUGGAGGAAAUCAAAACUCCCAAAAGAUGUUCGUCCUUUUCAUCUUCAUAGUUAUCUUCACUAUCGUCAUCAUAUCCAUUAACAAGAAAACGUGGAUAGAUAAACAAGCUCCUGCCAUUAUCAAAAAAGAUACUAGUGAACCUGUGUUCGAAUCUUUAAACACACAAGAUUCUUCCGGCGAAGAUAUGUCAAAACCACCACCAAAACAACCCAAGAUUGAUCUAAAUGAACUAUCUCUAGAAGAUGACAUGAACAACGCAAGAAUCGAAGCAUUAUCAUCCAAUCCAUCUUCUCCACGUGCCAGAAAAUCCUCCGCCAUGAAGAUCAGUUGUCUGUGUGCUCCGACCAACCACCCUGGCUCCUUCAGGUGUCGCUACCACCGGAACAGUGUCUCAGUCGGCUCCAACCUUUCUGAAUUAGCCUACCGGAAAACUGCCUCCGUCGGUGCAAACCUUUCAGAUUUAGGAAACACAACCACCAACAUGAAGAAAUCGAGACGACCUAGAGAAUGCUGAUAAAAUUCUUAUCGAUUCAUUAUCUGUAAAAACUAAACUAACAUGUACUUUCAUUCAAAUAUAUAAUUAUUAUUAUAUAUAAUUCAAACUGGAACAAAGCUUUUCCGUUUCUCAGAUGCAUAUGACACCGGAAACCAUGGAGUUAAUAUGUACAAAACUCAAAACUGACUAUACUCCUAACAAAUCUAAACUCGAUCACGAUAUCACGAUCACAUCGGACAGGUGUUUUCUUCGGAUUCUAAAGGCGCCAUCAUGUGGUUUCGACACAGAGGACAAGUGGUGUUCCAGUAUUUUAACCAUUUCUCGAGGCA